GGUUGUACUUCGGUCGUGAGAAAAAAAACUAAGAUGGCGUCUCGUCAAGAAAGAUAGGAUGGCCUGAAGAGAGUGAUGAUGUUGGUCGGAAAAUGAUUGAUAACGACACCAUUGAUAAAGUUUGAGACUCUCGUUUAUGAUUAAACGAACCCGUUUCGAUCCUAUGUUUUUGACACACCGGAGCGUAUGGAGAACUGAGCCUGAGAAUCGGGUCAACUUUGCUAGCAACGGUCGCUAGCCAACUGGACCGAACACAGCUGGCCAACGUUAGCUAACCACCAAGUCAUCACAACAACAGAGGAGGGAGAGAGCGGCCACUAGCCCUAUCAAACCCCGGGACAUCGAGGUGUCUUCGGUCAGUCAAUGGGAUGCAAUGAGACACUGAGAUAAACAAAUACCUGCAUGUUGCAUUUAUUUACGCUUGUAGCUUCGUAUGGGAUUACAUGGCGUACGUCUACAUGUAGGCUGCUUGCGUCUAUAUUUGCUUAGUUCUGCGGUUAAAAAUGUUGAUGUAUUUUCUAUCACUCAGUGUUCAUAAGCUAACUAAUGCUAGUUUCCUGAAACCGUGGAAGCAAUGGGCUUGGGCUGAAAAAAGUGAAGGCCUUUGGUGCUAGCGUUAGCAGUAGACGGCCUCUGAUAGCCGAACAAUGAACCCAAAUAGACCUAAUAUUGUCCUGGAGAAGAGUUUCUGUGACACCGAGGUAUCCAACACUUUCUAAAUAAGACAAGUGGAGAUAUUCUUACUUCUUUAUUCAAGUAUUAUGGCUUUCCCUGGGAGGUAAGGUUAUUUUAAUCCCUAGUUCUUCUAAGUCAAGUGGCUAAUAGCUAAUAGUUACAGCUAACUGUUAUAUACAUUAUUGAGUAUUAUUGUAAAUGUAAAAAUCGACAUUUAAGAUGAACCUAUAUAGUGUGGUUAUUGUGUAAAAGCUGGUUGAGUAACACAGACAAGCCCACUUGUGAGCUGUGAUACCUUUAUGGCCUCCUAUACCUCAGGGUUCAUGGCCUUCACGCCAUUGUUUGUCUGAAGGCCCAUGUUGAACCAGAUCUCUGGAUCCAUGCCUCCCAGUCUAGUAUUGUGUUUCAUUUCAUAAACAUUUAAAAGAAAAAUCCACCUGGACUAAAAAUCAUUGACCCCUUUGUGAAGACUCCUUAGAAAGCAGAGCACAUUGCUCAAGAACCAAAACACAUGUUGCAAUGAUGAUAUUUGUAAUCUUUUUAUUGUUGACGUGAAAGGUGGCUGAUACAGUAUGAUUAAACUUUUGACCCAUUUUGCCUUACUGGUUCAGUAGAGCAUGGCAUUUGUUUUGUUGUGUCUGCUGAUGGGGGGAGGGGUUUCAAACAAGGACCACUCUUGAAUGAAGGAAAAAAAACUUCAUCCUGUGAAUCCCCAUGUUAAUUUUUGUUGUUGACCUACAUAUGAAGUAGUCGGAUAAUGAUGGACACCGAAACUCGAAGAGGAAGUAACAGCCUGAAAUUUAAAGUUGACGUCAUUGAAAUGCUCUGCUCUGACAGGAAGUGACAUUUUUAUGGGAAAGGCCGUAAACUUUUGUAAUAUGCUCCACUGGCUUUUUUUCUUUUUUUUAAACCAAAGAACAGUAGAAGGUGCUCGAUUGUGGUGUCAGCCCUGAGAAAACUUCUGAAUUUGUUUAGACUUUAUGUAAAAAGCAUCUAGGAUAAGAUAAGAGUUCAAAUCUUGUGUUUUUAUCUCCAAAUAAGAGCAGUUUUUUGGGGGGGAAAGGGUGCUGUGUUUUUAGUGCCGGACCUUUUAGUGAUUCUGUUCAUUGACCUUUUAUUUUGCUUUGUUCAUUUCCCACUUGUCAGGGCAAUGGAAGGGGAAGAGUUUUUACCUCCUCCGGAGUGUCCAGUGUUUGAGCCAACAUGGGAGGAGUUCCGGGAUCCCCUGGGCUACAUCGCCAAGAUACGUCCGAUUGCAGAAAAGUCUGGAAUCUGCAAAAUUCGACCUCCACAAGUAAAUAUAUGUGUUUGUUUUGUGAUUCUGAGCGAGAAAUAGUGAGUUUGCUGUGUUCAGACUGGGUUUAAAAUAUGAGUCACAGUGAUAUAUGAAGUUGGUCAGUUUUGAGGGGGUUCCAUUGUGCUCAACAAAGUCCUCUCUCCAUUACCAUCUGUUUCUCAUUUUCAUACAAGCUAUCUGUACUGCUGCUGAACUCAGUCGCUGUAAUGUUUGUAAUUGUGAGGUACAGACGGACUGUCUGAGUACAACAUGGAUGGACCAACUGUCCACAACCUGUGUGCAAACACUACAGUUACCCUCACUAUCAGUGCCUCAUUGUCUUAAACUGUGGAGUCUUUUUAAUCAGUCCAGAACUUCCUGAGGCUUACUCGCUAAGCAGUCCAACACCAUUGCCUCAAAUAGAUGAUUAUGAGGUAAUGGGGGAGAAAAGCUGCUAGACUUGAUUCCGGCUACAGCAACAAAGGGGAGGCUUGCUUCUCUGAGCACCAUCUUCUGGGUAAUCUACCAGAAUGCAAUAAAAUGCAUCUCUCUGCAUUUUAUAUUUGUUCUCAGCUGUUAAAGCCUCGAUACCUGCUCCAUUCAGUGCGAAUAAAAGUGUGUGAAUUAAACUCUGUUCCCCUUUUUCAGCAUUUAUUUCUACUGUUUGUUGUUUUCUUAAUCAAAUUACAUGAAGUUGUUUUAGUCUGUGUGAUUAUUAAGUUGGUGGUGUGUUUUUCUCUCACACAGGACUGGCAGCCCCCGUUUUCUGUGGAGCUGGAUACUUUCCGCUUCACACCCCGCAUCCAGAGGCUCAAUGAGCUGGAGGUAAGUUUCUUUUUCAGCGGUGUUGGAUGGUGUUCAGAGUUAACCGACACUGUUGAUGGUGAUCGUGAGGUUCUGUUUGUUUAAGGCGGAGACCAGAGUGAAGCUAAAUUAUCUGGACCGCAUCGCCAGGUUUUGGGAGAUCCAGGCAUCCUCCCUGAAAAUCCCCCACAUUGAACGGCGCAUCCUUGAUCUCUUCAGCCUUUCAAAGGUAGAAACUGAUAGAAGCACAUUCAUAAAAUAGAUGUAUUCCACUCCUUGUCUUUGAUUUGACCAGAUGCCUCCCUGUUCUAGAUUGUUACUGAUGAGGGAGGUUUCGAGAUGGUUUGUAAGGAACGGCGCUGGGCUCGUGUGGCCCAGAGGCUUGGCUACCCUCCCGGCAAGAACAUCGGCUCUCUGCUACGCUCACACUAUGAGAGGAUCGUCUACCCGUUUGAAAUGUUCCAGUCUGGUGCCAGCAUGCCGGUAUCUUUCUCCACAUUUUUUGUCUCUCCCUUUAGAGUUACCUAUAGAUAGCAGCCAGAUUUUGUUUAUUUGGAAGAGGUUGUAUAUGUUUUUAUGUAAAUCCUCUCCUUUAAUGUCAUUUCCAGCCGUGCAAGCCAAAGCACUAUGACGGUGAGGAUGUAGACAAAGAGUACAAGCCACACUCCAUCCCCCUGCGACAGUCCGUGCAGCCUUCCAAGAUGAGCAGUUACGGGCGCCGAGCGAACCGCUGUCAGCCUGAUGUGAGUGACUCUCCAGAAUUUGCAUAACUCCGUGCCCAGUAACCUCACACUGAACACACUCGGUCGCUCGAUUGUAAUUUCCUGGAUCGCAUUUCUGUGUUUGCCUUGACACCUCAGGAUCGAGCAAAAGAUAUGAAAAACCGGUGGAAAAAAAUAACAUUUUUGUUUCCAUGGUUACUUCUAAAUACCACUGAAACUGUGUGGGUUUGAUCCGUCAGAGAGGAGUUUGAUGCAGCAGUGGCACUGGAUGAAAGCUGAAUGUCAAGCUGCACAUGAUUUCAGCAGCAGAUAGACGGGCUGUUUUCAUCUCGGUUCUCUUUUUCACUCCUAGUUUCUCUCAGUAAUGAAAGCACACAUUAAAACCUGCACCACUCCAGAUGCAAAUAAGUAUGUUCAGUUUAAAAUAGUCUUGGGUAAGUUAACAUUAAACUCAAGUGUAAAUUAGGUUUUCUUCAGGGAUCCAACAGUGAAUAUCAAAGUUACUAAUGGUUCUGUGACAUUUCGAUGUUAUCGUGUUCACUCUUUAGUGCCAGCUGAUUCAUCGUCCUUCCUCACAGCCUCACAAAAAAGACAAACUAACAAUCUACUCAAGUGUUCAUUGGAUGGCGAUCCUGUAGCGUAUGCCAUGCUGUCAUGUUAACUGUGCAUAUCCAUGUGCCCUUGUGUUGUGGUAACCGUGUAGUGAGUGGAAAGAUGUGACAGUGCACUCAGAGCGCAUCCCAGCUUUGCUAAGUCUCCAUUCUGCCGCCGCUGCUGCUGCUUAACUCUGCUGUUUUUGCUUCCAGCUUUUCAAAGGCUUAUUAUUUUGUCCUCUGCUUUCUCUAUUUUUUUCCACUUCCUUCACCUCCCAGGUAGACACACAGCUGUGUGUGUUUCACACGCCUCAUAUUAUCACUGAACUUUUUUUUUUACAUGAGCAACUAACACGCAAAACAAGUUCUGGACCGGCCCACAUUCUCAUGCUUGUUAGCUGUCGAUGCUUAGAUCGUAAACAUUCAUGCACACCAGUGGAUUUGAGUUUGUGCACCACUGCAGAUGUACAGCUUUUUUUUGCUUUUAUUUGUUUAUUUGCAGGCUUGAGAACAAAGUCUAAAAGAAGAAGAUGUUAACAUAUAAUCAAUGCAAUCAGCAAUCAGAUAAUUAUAUGUUACAGGUAGUAUGAUUAGGUUUGUCUCCUAGUUUCCACAGGGCAAUGUCAUGAUGUGAAUGUUUCUUAAUCAGCACAUGAACGUAUUUAAGAGAACAUCAGCUGGAAUUAUAUUUAAAUAAACUAAAUAGGGCUGGGCGAUAUUGGAAAAACUUUAUCACUAUAUAUUUUUUUCAUAUCAGUCGAUAUUGAUAUCACGAUAUAAAAAGAAAAUUUAACAGUGAUUAUUGGUAUCAUGUCUUUUGCAAUACAAUAAGCUACAGCAUCUAUGAGGUCAUUGUGUCUCUUCGUUGCGCGAGAGAAAGCAGAAUGCAUUGCGCGUGCUCUGCCGCGUGGCGCUGCUUUAGGUGGUGAAAAAGAUUUGAGGUAUACCCUGAUUUUGCGAGAACAUGUACUCAACAUAAUUUGCAGUACACAUUAAUCUGCUCAAUGUCUGACCUCAAAAAACCAAAAUACCUCCACACCACCGAUGUUUUUGUGCCAGUUUUGUCAACAGUAUCAUCAUCUGUUUAGCCUUCAUCUGCAUUAAUUUUCGAUAUAUAUCGGUAUCGUUUUAUCGCCCAGCCCUAAAACUAAAGUUGGAUUACAAAAGCAAGAGGAGACAUCUCUUCAUGUAUGUGCUUAUAGCUGAGCCUUUAAUACCCCUGUGAGUCAGGUUUCAUGCACCAUGAAGAGUCUGCUGUCAGCUUAUACUUCUCAAACAGGAAUUCAUUCAUAACAGCCUGGUAAUGUGCUGGCCCGUCAGGCUGAAAACAAACUAAAAUUUUAUACAUAUGUCCCCGAGUCUUUGUAUUCGGCCUGAUACCUGUCCCGCUGUAACCUUUUUGUCUCAUGAUGUGUCCCUGUAAUAUUUCUCCUACAGCUUCUGGCUCUGUUUCCCCCGGGCUCUCCCCCCUUCCUGCUUCAUCUCCUUAUUUCCUCUUGUCUUAGUUUAUUGUUGCUGUUAUUGUCUCCCCUUGCAGGGUCCAGAGGAUCUGGCCCCCCAUCCUCUCACCACUGGCUCUCAACUCAUCUCUGCGGUACUGCCUCGUGAGCGUAUAAGCUCACCUUCUGCCCUCCCCCCCUGCUCAUUUCCUGCCUCUUUUUCCUAGACCAACUCACCCCUGCUGAAGUUGUCUAGAUGAUUUUUUUCCUUUUGUUUUGAACUAACCACUAAAAUAUCUUCAUCAACAUGCAAUCAUACGCCUUGGUUAUGAUAGUGUAGGGGUGGCUAUAGCCUCAUGACUGUCAAGCACAUGAUGUUUCCCAUCUUCAAAUUCAAGACCAGAGAGAUUCCCAGGCCUGAUUCUUCAGUUCUUUAGCGUGUUUGUUAUGAUCAGGCCUGAAACUGCUGUUUUAAAAAAUGUUGGACAAAGGUGUUUGAGGUCUAACAGGUCCUAAACGAUCCAGUUUGCUGUUUGUUCUUAAAGAAACUCCUCAACUGCUAAACUCUCCGAUUAUCAGAUUGUCACCUCCGAUGUCUUCUCCGACUUCCUGUCUCUCCCUCAUGCUCCCUGUCUCUGGUUGUACUUGGCUUGAAAUGCUUGUCUCUUGGCUGUCUGUGUGCUUCUGCACUUCCACUGGCUUGCCUUUGCUCUCUGCUCAACUCUGCAGCUCAAGUACAGCUUCAGGAUUUUUCUUUUCGUGCACUCACACAGAAGAAGAACUUUGUAUUUUUUGAUUAUUUAUUUCGCUUUAAUUUCAAGAACAGCUCCGUCGUUUUUUAUUUAUUCGAUUGUUAGUUUCCAGAUCAGCUUUUUUAAGCCGAGAACACAGUUUGGUUGCCUUAUUCUCUUUGUUGUCUAUUGUGCUCAGAGUGAGAAGAGUCAGUGUGUCAGGAAGAGGAACCUCAGAUGAUUUUCACAGCUUAGAAUUGAGAGGAUUGAAAGGUGAUACAGCAGCCAAAUCGGACUCCUGUAUCUGUUCUCUGUUAGAAAGUCUGAAUUUUCUUUGAUCGCUUUGGGAUACUAAUGUCGUCACAUCAUGCAUAUGUUAGUUUUUUUUGCUAAGGGGAUAGUGUGACACAGAUGGGUGAAAUUUUAGAUAUUUUUUUUUACCUUUUUGCGUCUUUUUGUCUCUCCGUCACUCACAUGCACUUAUCACACCUUCCUCUGCACAAUCAGGUGUUCGUACAAACUGGUUUUGACACUUUCAAUUUGUACUCCUUCCAAAAUCACUCCAGCUGAAUCUAGAAUAUUCCCACAGAGCAGACUUGCAUUUUCAUGCUCUUGCUUGUCAUGCUUAGCUCUGCACACCGGAUCGUCAUAUGACCAAACAAGCAUGCUGGUUUAGAGCAGAUGAUGGGAUUAAACCAGACUCCAUCAAUCAGAUGAGAGGAUGUAACGUUUACAGACACAUACGCACAUUUAUUUGGAUCCAGAUUCGCAGCCUUUUUGUGCCUCAUUCUCACACAACGAUAUUAACCACAACUAGAUGAUAGUGCACACAGGAAUAGAGGAAGUGUUUUCAUCUGCGGCUCUUUCAGAUAAGCUCCAAACUGCUGGAGUAAGCACCAUAAAAGGAAGCUGAGAGACUUGAUAGUUAAAACCUGAGUCAAUUAGGAGCUUUUAUGAGCUCUGUUGAUGUCCUGGCUGGUAACUAAAAGCGAGAAUAAGACCUUCUAUGUUUCUACCCACAGUCAACCACACAUGUUGUGUGUACUGUUAGGCAGACAGGACAUACUUGAGAGUAUUAAUCUCAUAUUUUGACCUGUAAUCUCUGCAAAAUGGAUUUAGUGCAGUAGGAAGUCUUAUUUUAGGUUUUAAGCCAAACAUCUCAGACAUCAUGAUGCUUCCAGCUGCAAGAUGGCAGAUUUUACAGCAGUUCAGUGUAAACAGAUGCACUUCAAACAGGGGGGCACAUCCAAAGAAAGACCAAGAAAUAAAGUGCUGCCCCACAUGCAGCUGCACCAAAGUGUAACUUCAAUCAAACAGUACAGCACUUUAAAUUUCAUUUACUUAAAACUCUUGGAAAAAGAAACUAACCCAGCCUGAAGCCUAAACAUGUUAGAGUCAUAAAAAAGUAGUUCUAUAACUGCACAAGUAUGGCAUAGGGCUGAGCGAUAAACCAAAGAUUUACUCAUACAGAAAUUUACGACAAUAACCAACGUCAUUUUUCGCCUAUCAUAGGCCUGGGCGAUUUGGCAAAAAAAUGAUGAUAUAUUUUGCCGUAUCAUCCGAUCUCGAUUAUUAUCACAGUGACAGGCUGUGCAGACUCCGCUCACAUUUACAUGCUUUCUGCAUGAUCACUCAGGCAGUAAUUCUUCAAAUGAUUAAACAGAUCUGUUUUGUUGCUGGUUUUUGAGGGCACCGACUGCCGACAUACCUUACACAUCGGCUUUUUUGGAGAUAGCCAAACCACCGCCACACAACCGACGUUGAAUAACUUCUCAACAAUGACAUCUUCGGAGGAUGACUCAAAGUCACAGCUGACAACUAUUUUGCCGACCUCAGCUCCGCGUUUAGCUCCAUGUUCGGUCUUUCUGUUUACUUCUCCGGCAAUUUACAGAAGUGAACAGGAAAAGCUCGACUCUGAUUGGCUGUUGUGACGCACAUUUCUGCCAUGUUUGAUUGAGUAAAUAUGCUCACAGCUGAUCACUGUGAUCGAACUGAAAUUUAUUACGAUUGUCGAUCACGAUCAUAUUAUCGCCCAGUCCUACUGUAUCAGUAUAUUAGGUAUCAAAAAAAUAGAUGAAUAAAAGUUGGUUUUGGAUGUGUGAAGGUAGGCUAUGGUCUCAUGUCCCUUUAAGACGCUGUGACUCCACCCCAUCUAGUCCGUAACAAAGAGGGAAAGACAGGUGAGGAGAUGGAGGACGGUUCAAAGGUUGUAGCGGCUGAAGUAGACGAAGUUAAUGUGGGAGGGGGUGAGCAGCUUGUGGAGUAGUUAUGGUCAUUUAUCAAGGUGAACUGCUCAAUAUAUCGUGAUAUUGAUUUGAGGCUCUAUCGCCCAGCCCUAGAUCACACACUUUAAUGACUUCUCUGAUAUGAGGUGUAAUGGUUCUUUAAUAGGCUUGGAUAUCUGGUGUUUGUGAGGCAGCAGAUCAGUUAUUUCAGUCUGCCAGGAGAGCAGCAAGGGAGUCUGGGAGCUCAAAAACUAAUGGGCACAGCUGAGACCAAAGACAGUUUCACACUCUUGAGUAUAUUUGUCUUUGCUUUACCUUUUUACCAGAACUGGAAAACCACUCUAUGAUUUAUGACAGCUCUUUUCGUUUUCGACUUUUUACUUUCUCUGUCAUUUCCUUUUUUUAACAAACAGACCAAGAGCAUUCAAGGAUUUGAAUAAGACGGUCUCAGUUUUAUCCUGCCUUGACUGUAUGGUUGCUGGUGAUUGUGUGUUCUGGUGGUGGGCCUGACUCUGAACCCUCUGACUGAUGUAGGCUAACUUUUCCUUCACUCUCUAACCGAGUAUAAUCCCUUCUUGUGAUGCACUUGCUACGCUCACAUUUUUUUUCAACUGUUUGUUCCUCAUUUGGCCGACUCUCUCGCUUUGAUCUGUGUGCUUUGGAGAGUAGCUGUUUGUUUGUUUCUGCCUCUGUGGCUGAAAAUGUACUUUUCAUCUACAGCCUGAACCUACAGAGGAGGAUAUAGAGAAGAACCCAGAACUCAAGAAGCUGCAGAUAUACGGAGCAGGGCCAAAGAUGAUGGGACUUGGACUGGUGGCGAGGGACAAAGGCCUCCGGAAGAAAGGUAAGUACUUGGCUGUUGAGUUCAGCAUGUAUCGGCUUUAUCAGAUAAAUUGUGGGCAUGCAGGAGCUCGUGUUUGCAAACUUCCUGCAGCUUCAAACACUCCUUGUUCUUCUCAGACGAGCUGCCGCAAACUGUCACCGUCAAAGAAAACCCGUCUCCCGCUCCCGCCGAAGUUUCGGUCAAAGUGGAGCCACCGGAAACCCCGGAGAAGAAGAGCGACGGGAGCACGUCGAGCCCUGAGCCGCCUCCCCCGAGCCUCACGGUGAAGACCGAAGUGAAGAAAGAGGAACCGGAGGGAGAGAACGGGAAAGAGAAAGACGAGGGAGACGACAAAGACGGGCCGUUCACCAAAAUGACCAUGAGGCUGAGACGCAACCUUAACAACCAGCAGUGUGUAAGUAAACCCAGAUCAGUCAGUUGAAGAGUAAACAUCAUCCUUAAGGUCAGAGAGGGAGUUUCUUCUUCACGUUUCCCUCUCAUUUAAAGGUGGAUUCUUUCGUGUGUCGAAUGUGCGGCCGGGGAGAUGACGACGAGAAGCUCCUGCCGUGUGACGGCUGCGACGACAACUACCACACAUUCUGUCUCAUCCCUCCGCUCACCGAUCCUCCCAAAGGCAACUGGAGAUGCCCGAAGUGUGUGGCAGAGGUGAGGGAGACGGUUUGGAGAAAGAAGCGUAUCUCAGAGAUUAAAAAUAUGUCGAAAGGUUUCAUAACUCCUGGAGCUCUUGGAGAAGUCUCAUGUUUCUCCUUACAAACAACUUAAGUGUUUGGUCUGAAUCCCUUGAGAAAUCUGAUUACAUGUCCACUCUCCUCUGUAACAUAAAUAUAAGGACAAAAAACUGGGAGAAAUAUCUAAAAACAGCUCCUCGAUAAAUCUUUGUUGGACUCAUUUCAGUUUUUCUGUUUGGUGAAGUUUCCGCUGACUCUCAGGACACCGCAGACACACACUAUUGUCCGUGUUUGUAAUUUUCUGACUCUUUCAUUUCUUCUCAGGAGUGUAAGAAACCCUCUGAAGCGUUCGGCUUUGAACAGGCCACACGGGAGUACAGCCUGCAGAGCUUCGGGGAAAUGGCAGACGCCUUCAAAGCCGAUUAUUUCAACAUGCCCGUACAUGUAAGCGCGCACACACAGCAGGAGAUCACCUUUUUUUCACUACGAGGCGUGACUCUGCUCCGACUGGUGACAAUGUAAGACACUAAUCCACAGUCUGCUGUGUCGUUGUCACUAAAGAUGGUUCCCACUGAGCUGGUGGAGAGAGAGUUCUGGAGGCUGGUGAGCAGCAUCGAGGAAGACGUGACGGUGGAGUACGGCGCAGACAUACACUCCAAAGAGUUUGGCAGCGGCUUCCCAAUGAACAAUGGCAAGAGGAAGCUGACGGCGGAAGAGGAGGUAUGCGCAUUGUUGCUGCUGCUGUGACCUUUUGUGAACCGGUAUUUCCCGAUUAGUCUCAGAGAUGAAAGUGCAGAAAGAUGAAACGGUUGCCAAAGUGUUCAAGUUAAACUGAAAUCCACCAAAAGAACUUUUAAACACUUUACGCUAAUCUUGACUUUUGGCAAAUUUUGAUUUCUGAGUUAUUGUUUUGAACAAAAAUUUUAAGUGUUUGCUUUAAUUACAGUCAGUGAGAGGACAGGUGUGAUCCAUGGGUUAUAUUAAAGCUAAAAGGUUAGAUGAUAGGUAGGCCUGGACGAUAUAGAAAAAAAGCAUAUUGAUAAAAAAUAAAUCAUAUUGAUCGAUAUCGAUAAUUAUCGAUAUAAUUAUUAUAAUUAUUUAACAUAUAUUUUAAUUGCAGCCCUGGAUGUUUUAUGCUAUUGCUUAAUGACCUACUUUUAAUAAAGAACACACAAGCACUGAAUUCAAAUUCAAACCUUUAUUCAACCACCUUUUCAUUUUACCACAACUGAAAGUUUUUUUAAAAAAGAACUAAAAAAAAAAAAGAAAUCAACUUAAGUGGCCUGAGUGACGUCAGUAAAUACUGACAAACAUAAAGACUAAAGUGACCAGAAAAUCUGAUAAAUAAAUAUUUAAAUAGUCUUUUGAUGAAAAUAAACAAAACAAACAAAUAUAUAACAGGGUUUUUCCUGGCUCAAAUUGAGGCAGAGGUGGCACCAUCCUGACCAUGCGCCACGACGUGCAUGUAUUUGUAAAUUCAACCGAUUCACUUACUUUUACAGGCAACAUACUUUAAGUUAAGAGUUCAAAAAAGAGUGUGACCAUUAUUAUGUUAAAGCAUUCAUUUAUUAAAACUAUAUACAUACACAAAUCAGCUGGCAACUUUAAAUUGAAAGUACACUUCAUCCACACAUCUCGCAACCAGACAGAACAUUUCAGCCUCCUCUUUUUCAUUCUGUAGAACCUCCUCAUGCACUCCUUGUAGUCAAAGGCCUCCUGGUCUGGUCCAUCAACGGCCACCUUACAACAGACAUCCAAGUGCCUCUCCUUCAGUCUGCUCCACAGAGGUGUCUUCACCUUAAACAAAACAAUUCAUCAUGUAUUAAGUAUUUUUGUUUUUAUUCUGAUACAGACAUGAAGAGUGAUAGUGUUUUCAAUCAUAUAUAUGUAUACGCUGCAGUGUCCUCCCUAAAAAAAAAACGACAACCAAUUAUUUCUUAAACUAUCUAAACUAUGUUAUUUUAGUUUUUGUAACUUUAUUAGUUGAGUUUUUUUAGGUACUACCAUCUUUAAUAUACUUCUCCUUCUCUUCUGCUGCUUUGUGAAUGGCUGUCACCUCAUGUCUUUUUAAUGUGUCCAGCCUGUAGUUGGUUGAUGGCUGUCUCACUAAGGAGGCAGCAAUUGCCUGCUGUGUUGGGGCACAGUGCUUUUGGCAUAAAUAGCAGUGCAUGCCUUCCUCAGUAUGCCUGAGCCAGGUAAAUUGAUUGAGCCACUGCUUGUCAAAGCCACUGGCUCUGUGUUUUUGAGAAGAUCUGGAAAGAGGAAUAAAAACCACGUACACGUCGGCUUUGCGUUGUUAUGCUCCUGAUUGGAAACUAAUUAAUUAAUUACCCUCGCCUCGCCGACUCGUCCUGUCCUGCAUUCUGACCCUCGCGAUCACCAGUCCCUUGUUAAGUACUUUCAGACCUGACACAAAUUUCCACAUUGUCACCAACAUGAAUUGUAGCAUUUUAACUGCCUGUUACGUUUUUUCUCUGCUGUGUUUCACCUGGACUCUUGACUUUCCUCCUCGCGAGGUCGCUUUUUAAAGUACUGUCUGAUUUUGCCUGUCAUAUCUAAAACGCUAAAAACGGAGUAAACUUUUUUUUAAAUAAUAAACACGACAUGCUUGGAUGCAAAAAAGAGAAGCAGUAUUUACCUGUUUGUACCAUCCGCCAGGGAAAAUCAGGACGCCGAUAGCACCAACUAGCGGGAAAAAAACUUGAAAAAACAUGAUUCGAUCCGUUUCUUCUUCGGUAGAUGCUUCAGGUCUUUCCGGUGCACUGCUGUUGAUAUAGCGCCUCUAUAGUGGCGCAACGCUGCAACUGCAGUUAAAAUACGUUGCUGCUGCAUCGGGACAUAAAUCGCUCAAUCAACACAGCUGGAGCUUUACGCUGUGUUGAGCGAAAUCAAUCGCUCUGGCUGGGGGCGGCACAAAAUUAGGUGGAGGCGGCCGCCACGCAAUUUUGAACGCAGGAAAAACCCUGUAUAAAUAAACAGAAUAGCUUUAGGUGGGAAUAGCAUACUACCAGUUUUAACUGUGUGGGAAACUGCCCACAGCCUGGUGUCUGAACACUUAAAUAUUUCUCCCGGGGUCGGGAGAUUUAUUUUUUUUAAUUAUCAUGUGAUUGACUUAAUACACAAACUAAGCACGAGAAGCAGGACUUAUCCACGCCGGUGUUGUGUCGUAGAAUGCACCCCUGCCGAAUGCACCCCCUGCUAGUAGCCAUGAUCCAAAUACUCGCGUCUUUGUAAAAUAUGAGCUCAUUUGAACGUAUUUCCUCCGCACCCUUCUCACCUUUUCAACCCCUGACCCAUUUUCAUGCCUGAAGCGCUGUGUUUGAGAAAUACUUGCGGCCGGGCACUUCAUAUCGCGGGUCGAGAGUGGCUAGAAGCUGGUCGAAGCCAGGCUUUUCAACGGUAGUUAUUGGCAGUAUGUCCCUCGCUAUGGAGCAUGUUACUGCAUGGGUGAUGUCCUUAUGCCGCUCGGACGCUUUGUCGUAUUUUGGCAAGAAACAAAGUCCAGUUUGGUCUGCUUCACAUGCUAUGUGCUGGUGCUGGCAGCGGUUCCAGAGGAUUCCUCCUCCGACGACGACGUGGAGCCGCGGCGCGGCCGACACAGAAUCUACUGCUCUGGGCCGACACAGCUCGUACUCCUGCGGGUGCGAUCGGUUUAGAUGGUAAAACAAGUUGGUUGUGUUACCAGACUUGGUUUUUACUAAUUCUCCGCAAAUUUUGCAAACGACCGCUGUUCGCUUUUUGUCAGACUUCUAAAAACCAAAACAUUGCCAUGCUGGUGAACUACUGAAACCUUUUUUCGGGACAAUGUACUCCGCUUCUCCGUGCUGUAUCAUUUUUUCUAAUACACGUGCUGUCUGUUGUGGUUUGAUAGGGGCUGGGCUUGGUGCCGUAGCGUACCUGGGUCUGCGUUUGUGAUUGGUUAGGAGGAAGUAAUGACUGUAGUAAAAGCUACAUGAUAGGCUAUGAUGUAAAAGAAAGGGAAACUGUGUUUUUCUAUCGAACUUUUUAUCGACCCGUUUUUUUUCUAUCGCACCACACGUCUAUCGAUCGAUAUAUAUUGUUAUCGAAUUAUCGUCCAGCACUAAUGAUAGGAAAUAAAACGUGUUAAAAUUUCACUAAAAAGGAUUUUUAAAGCAGCUUAUAUCUGUUUUUUAGCUUUAAAAUAUGUCUACAUCUGUUUACAUGGGGUGUGACGUGUCAUGAUCUGCUAUUUACAAACACAAAGUGCCGAUUCAUAGGAGCAGCAAAUGUCCAUAAAAGCCCAGAGUUUUCCACUUUUGUGCCUUUCACUCCUGACUUUGCAGAAUGAACUUUUAAGUGCCUUCCACCUCUUUUCUUAUUGUUCUGUGGAGCAACGAGGAAUCCCAGACUCCUGCUGCUCCUCGUAGACGAUACAGAAAACAUCAUUAUUUCUUUGUUUUCCCUUGAAAAGCUGAUUUACGAGGUUUCAUUCUUUCGAAAGCGUCCUAAAGGGCCCUUGUUUCAUUUUCCGCCCGGUUUCGCGCCGUCGUGUCUCCUCCAAGGGUCCUCGAGUGAUCUCAAGUUAUGAGAGAGGAGGAAUGAGCGCGCCCCAAACAGCAAUGAAGGAGUGGAUGUUAAAAACAGAGAGAAUACACUUCAGCACUCCUUCAUUUCCAGUGGAGUCCAAUUAGCUCCGCGGUGAAAUCAGAUUUGAGUCAUUUUUAUUUUGAUCGGGCCGUUUUCCCACUUCUGAUUAGACAUGCUCUCACACAUACAGCAUCAGUAGUGACGCUCACUCCUCUGCUCUCAUGUUGUUUUUCAGGAAUACGCCCGCAGCGGCUGGAACUUGAACGUGAUGCCGGUUUUGGAGCAGUCCCUCCUGUGCCACAUCAACGGAGACAUCUCCGGGAUGAAGGUGCCCUGGCUUUACGUAGGAAUGGUGUUCUCAGCGUUCUGCUGGCACAUCGAGGAUCACUGGAGCUACUCCAUUAACUACCUCCACUGGUACACAAUCGAUUUUCUGCUUCUCUGGUGUGGGUUUGGUGUGAUUUUUGUAGCCGUGGGUUUGAACAAUAGCGGCUUGUAACACAGAUAAUACGAUUAUGUCACAUGUGAGACCUCUUUAUUAUGUUUUUUUUACCUUGUAGGGGAGAGCCGAAGACUUGGUACGGGGUUCCCUCUGUGGCAGCCGAGCGUCUGGAAGAGGUGAUGAAGAAGCUGACGCCUGAGCUGUUCGAGUGUCAGCCUGACCUGCUGCACCAGCUGGUCACCAUCAUGAACCCCAAUAUCCUCAUGGCUCACGGUGUACCGGUCAGUCUCACAGGGACACACACGUCACACAAGUUGGUUUGUUUUUGAGGACGUUUCUCUCUCUGACCGCUUCUCUUUGAUUUUUAAUUUUUAGGUUGUACGAACCAAUCAGUGCGCCGGCGAGUUCGUCAUCACCUUCCCCAGAGCCUACCACAGCGGCUUCAAUCAGGGAUACAACUUUGCUGAGGCUGUGAACUUCUGCACUGCAGACUGGGUACGACUGUCAGCACUGCAAAUCUGAAAUCAGGGUUUCAUAUUCCACAUUCAACAUCACGCUUUUCUGCUCUUCCUUAUCAGCUUCCUGCCGGACGUUCCUGUAUCGAGCACUACAGGCGGCUAAGGAGGUACUGCGUGUUCUCCCACGAGGAACUUACCUGCAAAAUGGCCGCCAGUCCAGAGAAAUUGGACCUCAACCUGGCUGCAGCUACACACCGGGAAAUGUUUAUUAUAGUUCAGGAGGAGAGGAAGCUACGGAAGAGUUUAAUGGAGAGGGUGAGGAGCGGAUUCAGACCUUAUCUGUGUGUCUCUGUUUGUUCAGUCCUUUCUUUGAUCCCAUCACGACUUGAAAGUUUGUAGCGGCUCUGCCAUGUCUGUGUUUCUGAGCGAGGACUCUGACCUGAAAGGAGACGAGUUCUCCUGAUCAGAUUUGAAUUCUCUGGUGGAGAGAUAAUCCUGUCAGCUGACGGUCAUGCAGCUGAUGAGCAGCUCGUAUGAUUUGAGCCAAACUUGACUCAGUAACUGGUGCAGUAAAUGUCACUAAAGUACAAAGUAAAUAAACGUUCAGAGUUUCAGAGUAAGUUUCGUGCUGUGCUGUUGUUUUAAAUUGUGUGUUUUUCCUGCAGGGCAUUACUGAAGCAGAGCGUGAGGCCUUCGAGCUGCUGCCCGACGAUGAGCGACAGUGUGACAAAUGUAAGACGACAUGCUUCCUCUCCGCUCUGGCCUGCACAAAUUGUCCUGAGCGACUCGUGUGUCUGUAUCACACUCAGGAUCUGUGCAACUGCCCCACUGACAAACUCUACCUCAGGUAUGUUUCUCUUAUUUCUAACCCUUAAGAGUGAAAAUUAACUUUUCAAUCCGGUGCGCCUUAUCACCUGAAAAAUACGGUAUCUUGUUUCUAGUCAGAUCUCUGCUGUUACUCUGUUAACCUGCUCUCCUUUUCCUCUGCAGGUACAGAUACACCCUGGAUGAGUUGUUAGCCAUGUUACAUCGAUUAAAGGUUCGGUCCGAGUCCUUUGAUUCCUGGGCUAACAGAGUGAAAGAGGCUCUCGAGCAGGAGGAGGGAAACAAGAUAGGUAAGAUAUCGACUGAUAAAAAACCUCACGAAUCCUGAUUUUGAGAAAAAAUAACCUUGAAACGCAAAUACAGGAAUCGAUGACCUGGAGAUGCUGAAGAAGGAAGCAGCCGAGAAGAAGUUCCCCGAUAAUGAACUUCUGCGGAAACUCAACACUGUCCUCAAAGACAUCGAGCGCUGUCAGCAGACGAGCACUGAACUCCUCAGCGGCUCAAAGACGAGGUUUGACGUUCACAGAGCAGAGAGGCACAUUUUCACUCUGCCUGCUCUGGUAUAUUCACUUUACCGUGUGUGUUUUUUUUCUUCUUCAGUGAAAGCAGGAUGACACUGGCUGAGCUGAAGUCUUUGCUGGAGACGAUGCAAAACCUGCCCUGUGUGAUCGAGCAGCUGGAGGGGGUGCAGGUGAGAAAACGCAGCAAACAGAGCAAACCGUGUCGCAGAUUUAACCUUUUUAUUAACCCGGGCGCAAUGUGAUCUCUCCAGGCGGUUCUGCAGACCGUGGAGGAAUUCCAGAGUCAGGCUCAAGUGCUGGUCAACGACAGGGACUGGAGGAGGGAAUCUCCGCCACCUGAGCAGCUGCAGUCCCUUUUGGAACAGGGCGCCAAGCUGCCCGUUUCAGUGCCAGAGUGUGAUUUACUCAAGGGCCUGAAGGAGCAGGGCCGCUGGCUGGAGGAGGUGAGGCACACACUGGGCACCGUCGGAGGGGAGAGGCAGGAGGUGACGUUGGAGGUGCUGAGGAACCUGAUGGAGGCAGGCUGCAACGUAACCCAGAGCGUCUCCGUGGAGACGGCCAUGGCAGAGCUGCAGGAGCUGCUCACAAUAGCCGAGCGAUGGGAGGAGAAAGCUCAGAUCUGCCUGGAACAAAGGUGAGACGAACAACAAAAUGUUCUGUGUGCUUCACCUGCUGCGGGGGUUUUCUCUCGCUGUAAGAAGCAGUCUUUCCUGUUUUUAAACACACUUCGUUCCUGUGGUUUGUUCUUCUAGGCAAAAGCACCCUCUCUCCACCCUGGAGGCGAUAGUCAACGAGGCCCAGCUCAUUCCAGUCAAGCUGCCCAACAUUCUGGCUCUGCAGGAUUGUCUCACUCGAGCGCGGGCCUGGGUAACAGACCUGGAAGAGAUUCAGGUGACAGAACCAACAGUGUGGCAGCUCUGAAAAUGAACACCAGAUAACUGUAGAUGCAGAAAAAGAAACAGUUUCUCUCUCUGCUGCAGAACGGGGAGCACUACCCUUGUCUGGAUGACCUCGAGGGUCUGGUGGCUAUCGGUCGGGACCUGCCGGUCUUUAUGCAAGAGCUCAGACAGCUCGAACUGCAGGUAGCCAGCGCUCACUCCUGGAGGGACAAAGCCACCAAGACCUUCCUGAAGAAGAGCAGUCCGCACAGUCUGCUCGAGGUUUGGAUGUUUUUCCUGUGUCCUGGUUGUCUGCUCAGAUUUUUAGAUAUUAUAUUUUAUUUACGUGUGCAAAAAGAAGUUUCUGAGAAAGUCUCUUCCAUGGUUUCUUCUGCAGGUAUUAUGUCCGUGCGCCAAAAGGAGAGGGAGGCGAGAUGAGACGGAGACCUUAGAUGAUCCUCUGGACGACUCUGAUACCAACACUUUGGGACUCUCUGCUCAGGACCUGAGGGACCCCGCAGCUAUAGUGAGUGUUCAGAGCUCAUCGAUUUCUGUUUAUUAGAUCUCUCUGAGCGCCGCUGAUGUCUCUGUUCUUGAACGUAAUCGUUUGGACCUGUCUCCAGGUGGUGGCGUUCAAAGAAGGGGAGCACCAGGAGAAAGAGGCACUACUGAGAUUACGGAAAUCCAACAUGUGUAAAUCCGGACUAAAAACCGCAGCUUUCAACGAGGACAAGGAGAACGGGAGGUGGGACGACACCAUGGAGACGGACACAUCCAGCCACUCAGAGAACUCUGUAAAAGAGAACGGGAACAGUAGCUACACCUGCAGCACCCUCCCUCAGGCGGUGUGCGUGUGUGGGGGGCAGCCCCGUGCCCCUCAGCUGCGCUGCCAUCUGUGCAAGGACUGGUUCCACGGUGGCUGCGUUCCCUUCCCCUCCCUGCUCCCCUCUUCAGGACCAACAGUGAACCCCCUCUGCUGGUGGGACUGGGACUCGUGCUUCUUGUGUCCGCAGUGCCAGCGGUCGCGGCGUCCGCGCCUGGAGACCAUCCUGGCGCUACUGGUGGCCCUGCAGAGGCUGCCCGUGCGUCUGCCCGAAGGAGAAGCGCUGCAGUGUCUGACGGAGAGAGCCAUCAACUGGCAGGGCCGAGCCAAGGAGGCCCUGGAGACCCCCGAGCUGCAGCGAGCGCUGGAGAGGCUGCAGGAACUCAAAGAGACUCUCCAGAGUGAAACGGAGAAAGAGGAAGAAUUGGACAAGGGGACAGAGGGGAGUUCAGUGAUAGUUUUAUCAGACUCUGAUGGAGGGGAGGGAGACGAUGGAGUCAUCGACCUGACAGAGGAGAGUUCCCCGAAAAAGAAGACCAAGGAAACCAACGGCAUACAGGUGAACACACUUCACCCUUAAGAUAUCUAAGUGAAGAUGUUUUUAACUUUUUAAUUAAAGCUGUUUUUUAUGCUCGUUCGCUCACAGGCGGGAUGUAGAAAUGGUAUCAGUAAGAAGUCAAAUGCGACAGGUAAGACUGUUGAUUCCAUAGUAACCAGAAAAAGCUACAAAGUGGCCCACAGGACCCGACUCUGAUUGUGUUUUUUAUUGAUCAGGUGUGGGGUCCCUGCUGCCCCUGCUGCCUUCGCUAAAAGGCCAGGUAGUGGAGCUCUUACCAGCCACCAGGGUCAAACUGGAGGAGCUGCAGCUGGAAGGAGAUCUGCUGGAGGUGUCCCUGGACCAGACACUCCUCAUCCACAGAGUCCUCCAAGCUGCUUCAGCUCCCCCGAGGGAAACUUUGCACACGCUCAUUCAGGUCGGGAGAAUCAGUCCCUCCAUUCAAAAAACGAUUCUGAUGUCUGAGUAUGGAGCUGGCCAGUUGAAUCCUCAUGUCUCCUUUCACUCUCAGAUCGAGCUUGAUGAGCAGAGGCGAACCAGCCGCGGACGACCCAAGGACUCCAAAAGGAAGAGGAAGGGCCACAGAGGCGGGGUCGGGGAAGAAGCAGGUGGGAGGUCACUGGACGCCUCUGAGUCAAAGAAAACCUGUCCUCUCAGCCGGAGCCCUUUCCCUCACUUACCGGUCCAGACCCAUCCAGAGGUAAACCUUCGCUUCACUCGUCAGCUGUUGUCUUUACGUUAUUGUACAUUAAACACGAUUGACAUCCAACUCUUUUCCUCUGCAGACAGACUUUGUGAUGUAGUCGACGCUGGAGCCAGAGUCGACGGAGAACUUGAAGGGACAGAUGGUUCUGUGCCAGAAAACAGUGUCAAGUUAUAGAAAGAUGCAGGACAUCCCCCCUCCCUGUCCCCUCCUGCCCCUCCUCAUUCCUCAUUUACACUCACAGACACUAACAGAGCGAUGACUCUUUUUCUACACUCCACUCUCCCCCAUCCCAUCCCAAACUCAGCCAUAUCUCACCCAUUCAAGAUUUUUUCGUUUGAUUUCAUCUCCCCUCCCCCCUCAAACUUUACUCUCCGCCUCUCCUGGAACACUUCCUCCCUGAACAUAUACAGACUGUGUUGGAGCGGUGUGUUUGGACUUACCACAGUAGGAGUGUGUUUGGUCUAGAGUUGUCUCUGAGGUCAGUCAGUAUGUCAAUGUAAUCCCCCGACUGUAUUAAAUGCUAGUUGAGCUGCAGCCUGUCCGAGCGCAGGCUGUGGCGGUUUCGUUUCACUUGAGCUCCCCCCCGUCGUUGAAGUUGGAUAAGCUACAGUUUAGUUCUGUUUUCGGAAAAACGAGCCCCGGAGCUGAGGUACAGCAGAAGGUUUUGUCAGCUGAUCUUGGACAACAGCAGCACCGUUGUUACACUUGUAUUUUUUUAUAUUUUAGUUGUACUGAAUCUUGUGUUUGAUGCUGUUUUUGAGGGGACACGCGUUUUGAAUAAACUGAGAAAAUUUUGGGAAGAGUUAAAAACAGGCAUUCAUGUUUUUGGUGCUACUUUCCCAAAAUGGAUAUCUGUACCUCUUAGCUUCGUCCUUCUCCUCCUCCUCUUCUUCUUCUUCCCCGUGAUGCCUUUUUUUUUCUUCAUUUUUUUUAAAAAACGCCCAUCCUUUUGACUCCUAUAUUUUAUGCCUCUCCAUCUGACCUCUUUUCUCCCCUCCCUCUUUCUCUCUCUUAAAAAGUUAAGGUAACUUCACUGUAACUCACUUUGUCACAAUUUAUUUUGUUCCUGGGUUCAAAUUAUAUUAUUAUUAUUAUUAUUAUUAUUAUUGAUAUUGCAGACACACAGUUGUCGUGAGUUUGUGUAAAAACUUUUCAUUUUAAUGUUGCCUUUGUUUCUUUUCACUCUUGUAGGAAAAUAAAGGUUUAGAAUUGUUUAGGA